UGCCGAGUGGCGGUAGAGCUGCGUGACUGUGGCGACUGCACAGCAGAGAUGGGCUGGAGGGUUAAAAAAAGAGCGAGGAUCCCUCGGGACCGGCUGCGCCACGAGGGCUGACGAAGGCGCCGCCUGAAGGGAGAGGCGAGAGGGCGGCCUGCCGGCGGGACCCCACACAGUAGAGCGAGCCGAGAGCCAGGGAGAAGAGGAUGCCUGAGUGGUGACUGCCUGGCUGACAGUCUCGGCGUCUUCGUCGUCGUCGUCGCCGCCGCUGCUGCUGCCCGGGCGGCCGCGCAGGAUUGAGCGCGCUCGGUGAGGCGAGCGAGGGCGGCGGCGGCGGCGGCGGCGGCACCACCAGCGCUGCCACCAGCAUGGGGGCCUGGCCAAGGACGUGGUGGUGGCGGCCGCGGCAGGGCCCCCCUCGGCCGGCGGCGACCACGACCCGCUUCUGGAGCCUGUGCUGGCUGGUGCUGGGCGCCUGGAGGGGGCUGCUGGCCUCGGCCUGCCCCAACGCGUGCACGUGCAGCCCCGAGCGGAUCUGGUGCAGCGAUCCCGCGGCCAGCCUCGUGUCCUUCCCCGUGCUCGGCAAGAGGAGCGAGCGGGAGAAAGUCACCGACAUUUAUAUUGCAAACCAGCGGAAGCUAGAAAGCAUCAAUGAACAAGAUGUUGGCCUUUAUGUAGGAUUAAAAAAUCUAACAGUGGUGGAUUCGGGUUUGAAGUUUGUCUCACGUCUGGCUUUCCUGAAAAAUACCAACUUGCAGUACAUUAACUUCUCAAGAAACAAGCUGUCCAGUUUGUCUAGAAAGUCUUUCCGUCACCUGAAUUUGACUGAUCUGAUUUUGGAAGGCAAUCCAUUCAAGUGUUCCUGUGACAUAAUGUGGAUCAAGAUAUUCCAAGAGACCAAGAUACCAAAAACAGAAAGUCUGGAUUUUUACUGUGUUAAUGACUACAACCAGAGGGUGUCUCUGAUGGAGAAGCCAGUCCCAAACUGUGGUAAACCUUCAGUCAAAGUGAGCACACAUAACCUCACUGUUAUUGAAGGAAGAAGUGUCACGUUGUAUUGUGAUGCUACAGGAACUCCACCACCAGUUAUAUCUUGGAUUUUCAAUAACCUUAUUUCAAAACAUGAGAGUGAUACAAAUAAGAACCCAGCUUCUCUUACCAUAAAGAAUGUCUCAUCCAAUGACAGUGGAACACUGAUUACUUGUGUAGCAGAAAACAGUGUGGGCGAAGACCAAGUUUCUGUUGAUCUUACAGUGUUCUUUCCGCCAAAUAUCACAUUUCUUGAAUUGCCAUAUCCGGACCACCAUUGGUGUAUUCCAUUCAGUGUGAGAGGGAACCCACAACCUACUCUAACAUGGUUGCAUGAUGGGGUAAAACUGAAUGAAUCGGACUAUAUCUGGACUAAAAUACAUGUUAUAAAUCAGACUGAAUACCAUGGCUGCCUUCAGUUGGAUAACCCUACUCAUGUGAACAAUGGAGAUUAUACCUUAGUGGCACAGAAUCAAUAUGGAAAAGAUGAAGCAAGCAUUUCUGCAUACUUUAUGGAAGAUCCUGGAGGUAGUAGCCCAUUCUAUGAGCAUAUCGGUUAUAUGGGACCUGAGGAUUAUGGGACCACGACCAAUGACUUUGAAGACACUACAAAUAAUAGUAAUACAGUUACUUCUACGGGUUUUUCAAACAAUAAUGAAGAUAGCAUCACUGUUUAUGUUGUAGUGGGGACUGCAGCAUUAGUGUGCACUGGCUUAGUUAUUAUGCUCAUUAUUCUCAAGUUUGGAAGACACUCCAAGUUUGGAAUGAAAGGUCCUUCUUCAGUUAUCAGCAAUGACGACGAUUCAGCAAGUCCUCUGCAUCACAUCUCUAAUGGGAGUAACACUCCAUCAUCUUCUGAGGGCGGCCCAGAUGCAGUAAUUAUUGGUAUGACAAAGAUUCCUGUAAUUGAAAAUCCUCAGUAUUUUGGAAUCACAAACAGUCAACUCAAGCCUGACACAUUUGUCCAGCACAUCAAGAGACAUAAUAUUGUUCUAAAAAGAGAGCUAGGAGAAGGAGCUUUUGGGAAAGUCUUCUUGGCUGAAUGUUAUAACCUGUGUUCUGAGCAGGAUAAGAUCUUGGUUGCAGUGAAGACACUAAAAGAUGCCAGCGAUAAUGCCCGCAAAGACUUCCACCGAGAGGCAGAACUGCUAACUAACUUACAGCAUGAGCACAUUGUGAAGUUCUAUGGAGUAUGUGUGGAGGGGGAUCCUCUCAUCAUGGUCUUUGAAUACAUGAAGCACGGGGACCUCAACAAAUUCCUCAGGGCGCAUGGACCUGACGCUGUUCUGAUGGCUGAAGGUAAUCUUCUAGCUGAGCUGACCCAGUCACAGAUGUUGCAUAUUGCCCAGCAGAUUGCAGCUGGCAUGGUUUACUUAGCAUCACAACACUUUGUGCACCGUGACCUUGCCACUCGGAAUUGUCUAGUUGGUGAAAACUUGUUGGUGAAAAUUGGGGAUUUUGGAAUGUCAAGAGAUGUAUACAGCACAGAUUAUUACAGGGUUGGUGGACAUACCAUGUUACCCAUUCGUUGGAUGCCACCUGAAAGUAUCAUGUACAGAAAAUUCACCACUGAAAGUGACGUCUGGAGUCUUGGAGUUGUUUUAUGGGAAAUCUUUACUUACGGCAAGCAGCCAUGGUACCAGCUCUCAAACAAUGAGGUAAUCGAGUGCAUCACUCAGGGCAGAGUCCUGCAGCGACCUCGUACAUGCCCAAAGGAAGUGUAUGAUCUGAUGCUGGGUUGUUGGCAGCGGGAGCCUCAUAUGAGGCUCAACAUCAAAGAAAUCCACUCCCUCCUUCAGAACUUGGCCAAGGCCUCUCCGGUCUACCUGGAUAUUCUAGGCUAGAAACUCCCAGCACUUCCUCAUGGAGUGCAUGAACGAAUGUGUUCAGUUGCCACUAAACUCCAUUAAAAUGUGUUCUUAC